AAGAAGCAGAAAAAGCAUUUUUUUUGUUUACAGUUGCAAAGUGUGUUCUUUUUUACAGCAAGUGCUAAUGAUUAGUUUAGUUUAAAUAUAAAAUUCAAACAAAAAUAAGAAAUGGCUGCAUCACGCUCACGUCGUCACAAUGCGGGCAAUAAAAUAGCUAAACUAUUAGACGAAGAGGAAGACGAUUUCUACAAAACUUCAUAUGGCGGCUUUCAGGAUGAAGAAGACGACAAUGAAUAUGUCCAAAAAGACGAAGAGGAGGAUGUUGUGGACUCCGACUUUAGCAUUGACGAGCAGGACGAGCCCGUCUCCGAUCAAGAAGAGGCGCCCGACAAAAAACGCAAACGGGGUGGUGUCAAUACAAAAGCAUACAAGGUAACAUCAUUUUUUCAAUUAAAAACACAAAGUAUUAUUUUAUCCUGUUUACUGUGUAGGAACCUGCCAAGCCAACGCCUGUCAAAAAAGGACGCAAAACCCUCAACCACGCUGCACAAGAAACGUGCUGGCGGAGGCGUCGUAAAGCGUCGCGUGCGUCCACGCUUCACUGUGCAGGACUCGGGACGCAAGUCCAUUCGCACAUCGACUGCCAUUAAGACACAGGCGACUAAGAUACGGCUAAAGGAAUUGGAUGAUGCGCGCAAACGGAAAAAGAAAAAGGUACGAGUGGAGGAUUAUAUGCCCUCGCAGGAGGAGCUGCUGGAAGAGGCCAAAAUCACCGAGGAGGAGAACAUCAAGUCAUUAGAGAAAUUUCAAAAAAUGGAACUGGAGAAAAAAAAGACGCGACCCACGAAAAGGGUUUUCACUGGGCCAACAAUACGCUAUCAUUCGAUGACCAUGCCAGUGAUGCGUAAGCCAACUCGCACCACAACCUUUCCACAUGAUCCCAACGAUCCAGCCGCGAAAUGUGAGCGUACAUUCGUGACCAUCGAGAAUGAUUUCAAUGACAAGGCUUUCCAUGCAAUCUUCCGACCCAAACGAGUCCCCAAAAAUUCUAGUGGCAUCUGUCCCAUUACCAGAUUGCCGGCGCGCUACUUUGAUCCUGUCACCCAACAGCCAUACUACAGCAUACAGGCAUUUAAGAUACUUAGAGAGGCGUACUAUAUGCAACUGGAACAGCAGAGCAGCGGCAACGAGCCGCCAGAGUUGGCCAAGUGGAUGGAGUGGCGUAAACUGGUUAAAGAGAAUCGCCAGAAGGCGGCUAGCUCUAAAUUGAACAUAUUGAAGGAUUAGAUGUUGGAGUGCACUCUCGACUAAUAAUAAUUAGAGCCGUUCACAAUACUAAAUUGUGUGCAAGAAGAUUAAGCAGAUUGUUUUAUUAUUACCAAACAUUUCUCAUGUAUUUAUCUUUACUGAUUAGAACCACUUAAAUUAUUAUUUGCUUCCACAAAGGCUUACACUUCAGAGCGUGCACCGAAUAUAAAGAAAAUUAGUAAUGUAAGAAAUAAGUUUACAUUAAAAGAACUGUGCAUAAUUAUUGACUA